CUGCAUAUAGACAUUUUUUGCGAUUAAUUCAAUAUCUUUGGUUUUAAAAACAGUUGAUAAUUUAAAGCAAAUUUAGUAUAAUAAGUUGACUUAAAGUUACCUACAAAUGUUGCGAGUGAAAUUCUCAAUUGUUCUUAUGUUUUUAACAAUAUUUCAGAUAUUAGAAGUAAAACCAAAAGUUAUUUUUCCAAAUGUUCCCGAUAUAAUUGAUAGAGAUUCGCUUUUACCACAAGACUUCAAAGUCGAUGAUCCACUGCUCGAAGAUCAAGAUCCUGAAGUAACACCCAAUUUAUUCCAAGGAGAUAUCGCUUUAAAUAACGAUAUUUUCAACUACUGGCGAGUUGGGCUGCGUUGGGAUGUUUUUCCAAAGAGACUUUGGCCAAAUCGGACAGUUCCAUAUGCGAUUUCUCCGCUUUAUGAACCUGAAGAUAUGAUUACAAUUUAUCAAGCUAUACAAACUAUAAGUCGAAUAACUUGCUUAAAAUUUCCAAAAUGGAACGGAAGUCAGAAAGAUUUUUUGCUUAUAUGGCCAAUUAAAUAUCCUAAGGGUUGUUGGAGCUUCGUAGGUAAGGUUGGUGGACCACAAAUCCUUUCACUUCAGCCACCAGACAAAUCAGGACCAAAUUGUUUAGGUGGAGAAGGUAGAGCAAUUCAUGAAAUUUUGCACGCUAUUGGAAUAUUUCAUGAACAAUCAAGAAAUGAUCGAGAUAGAUUUGUUAAAGUCAUAUGGGAUAAUAUAAUUCCAAAUUACAAGGGUAACUUUGAAAAGCAGUCUUUAGAUAACACAACAUACAGUUUUGAGUAUGAUUAUAACUCAAUUAUGCAUUAUGGAUCUUCAUAUUUCUCAAAACAAAAGGGUAAAUCAACUCUUCUAGCAAAAAUGAAAGAUGAAAAAAUUGGACAGAGAAGAGCAUUGUCACAAACAGAUUGUCUUAAAAUAAAUGAAUUAUAUGGAUGUUUGGAUGACGUAAAACUUGCAAAAAAAUACUAUACAUUAUGCAGAAUAUUAGGAAUUUGAAAUAAAUUUUCGUUUCAUCCCAUUUUACAAGUUGUAUUUAACUUACUCUGAAUCGUGAGUCUCACGAUUAUAUUUGCAUUUGUUAUAUAAACUUACCUUUUA